AUCAUUAUCAAUUUAUCAGUGAAAAUGGCAGAGAGUGCAGUAAGUAGCAAGAGCAAAGAGGGAAUCAGAAUGGCAGGUUGGGAUGUUGUGAUCAGAGGUAUUGCCUUUGCAGCCACCAUUUCAGCAACAAUUGUCAUGGCCACCAACAAGCAAACCAAAACUAUACCUCUGCCACUCAAUCCUGCAAUUACCAUUCCUGUCACAGCCAAAUUCCACUACACACCUGCAUUUGUAUUCUUUGUUGCGGUUAAUGGAAUUGCAUGUGGAUAUGCUCUGGUCACUCUGAUAUCAUCCGUUGUUGUCAAGCACGUCUUGAAGUCCAAGCACACUGACCUCCAUGAAUGUCUUGUGGGCCUUCUGGAUCUGGUUACUGUGGCCACUCUAUCAGCAGGAGCCUCAGCAGCUGCAGCAAUAUCAGAGGUGGGUAAGAAUGGAAACAAACACUCACAGUGGAACAAGAUCUGUGACAAAGUUGGAAGAUUUUGUGACAGGGGUGGAGGUGCAUUGAUUGCUUCUUUUGCUGGUGUACUCGCCUUCAUGCUGCUCAGCCAUAUAACUACCUAUUCUCUCUACAAACGCUCUCGUAAAUUAAGCUCUGCACCUCCUGAACAACAACUCACUCAAACUCCAUGCCCAUAAACCUCUGUAUGCUUAGUUAAUUCUGUGUAUGCUUGCUUAUUCAACAUGGGAUUGUGGGUUUGCUUCUUCAUCAUGGGAUUGUGCUUCAAAAUCACCAGUUUGCUUGUAACAUUUGGAUUGUUGAAUUCCUUUCUUGUUCCAGUAUGUUUACAUGUCUAUCAUUGUCUUGAUUUCAAUCAAAUAUAUGUUUGGAUUUA